AUGCAAAUCUUCAAGCCAUGGCCACUCUAUGUGAGGGCCAGCUUCAUCACCUCCUUCAUCGCAAUGCUCUUUGGCCUCGACACUGGUACUAUUGGGUCAGUAACGACCAUGCCGGCCUUUGAGGUCACCAUGGGUCCUAUCUCGUCCACGAUCCGUGGCGUCAUUGUCUCCUCUAUACUGCUACCCGGCGCCCUGGCGGCCCUCGUCGCCGGCAUCCUCGCGGACAGGUACGGCAGGAAGCCGCUCGUCAUCCUUGGUGCUGUCACCUAUGGCAUUGGCGCUGCUAUCGAGUGUGGCUCCGUUGCACUGGCCAUGUUCAUAGUCGGAAGGCUCGUCAAGGGCGUUGGCCAGGGCUUGUUCCUGAGCACAGUGUACGUCCAGGUCUCCGAAAUCAGUCCGGCCAGGACACGCGGCACCAUGACUGCUCUCCCACAAUUCCUGAUAGUCUGCGGGCUCGUGACCGGCUUCUUCAUGUCUUACGGGACAGCCAGCAUCAAGGACUCGUCCGCGUCAUGGCGGCUGCCGCUCGGGGUCGCCAGCUUCCUGGCUUUUGCCUUCGCGACGCUAAAUAUCUUCACGCCCGCUUCGCCACGCUGGCUGCUGGCCAAGGGCCGUGUCACAGAGGCACAGGCCAUCAUUGCCACCCUAGGCCUGGACGAAGCUGAGCAGCAGGAGCUCUUGGCGGUGUCAUCCUCCGCCCUCGAGCACUCCCCUGAUGAGUCUUUCUGGCAGUCACUGGUCCACCUGUUCAAGGACUUCGGCGAGGCCUUCUCGGCGCCCUUCCGGGCCAGGACGGCGUUUGGGUGUUUUAUCAUGGCCUUCCAGCAAUUCAGUGGGAUCGACGGCAUAUUGUAUUAUGCGCCGAUCCUAUUCCACCAGGCGGGGCUCUCCGGCGAGAAGGCAAACUUCCUCGCCUCUGGCGUGUCCUCGCUCGUCAUCCUGGCCACCACAGUCCCGGCCUCCAUAUGGGCCGACGGCUGGGGCCGGCGGACAUCGAGUAUCAUCGGUGGGGUGUUGAUCACCAUCCUCAUGGUGUUGAUGGGCACCAUGUAUGCAACAAAUCUGGUCCAUGGGAGCUAUGGCGCGGGGAGAUGGGUCGUAAUUGUGUCCAUAUACCUGUUCGCAAUCGUGUACAACGGCACGUGGGCCCUUAGUUUCCGCACCUUUCUGGUAGAGAUCAUGCCCAGGAAAACGAGGAGUAGCGCGUCCUCACUAGGACAGUGCUCCAACUGGGUUGCAAACUACAUUGUCGCUCUGACUACUCCUGUUAUGAUUGACAAAUCGUCGUUCGCUGCCUAUUACUUCUUCGCAGGCUGUACAUUGAUCUGUACGGUUGUGUGCGCGCUGUACAUGGUUGAGACUAAAGGCCACACUCUUGAGGUCAUCGAGCAGAGGUAUAUGGAUGAGAAGGCAAAUUCUACUGGGCGGUGGACAUUCGAAGGCUUCAAGCUGAAGCCUGCCCCAAAGGUUACAACUACGACGUGCCAAAGCGUAAGCAGGCCAGGAUCUGUAGAAGGCCAGCCUUAA